CCCCAGUGGAGCCGGAAAAGCGCAGCGAACUCUUCACUUUCUGAGAAGCAGUGACGCCUCUGGAGCUGCCAUGGAACCAGGUGGCAAUGUGUACGAAGAGGCUCCCGGCCACGGGCCGCCCCCCGACGGCCAGGGGAUCGACGUUAUAAACGGCCCUAUCCUGAAUGGCCCUGAGGUUCAGCUGGAUGACUUUGUGGGGGCUCACGCCGAGUACGACGAAGAGAAGGAGGAGAGCAAGUACUUCCGCCGCAAGCGCUUUGGUGUGAUCAAGAACCUCUUGGCGGCCAGCCUGGGGGGAAUGCUGACCUACGGAGUCUUUCUAGGCUUGCUGCAGAUGCAGCUCAUCCUGCACUAUGAUGAGACGUACCGAGAGGUGAAAUACAGCAACCUGGAACUACAAAACAUUGACAGCAAGAUGCUGAUGGGCAUCAAUGUCACACCUAUUGUUGCCCUGUUCUACACUCCGAUGCUCAUCAGAUUCUUUGGCACCAAAUGGAUGCUGUUCUUGGCCGUGGGUGUCUACACACUCUUUGUCUCCACCAACUACUGGGAACGCUACUAUACCUUGGUACCAUCGGCCGUGGCCAUCGGGGCUGCCAUUAUACCUCUCUGGGCCUCCAUGGGCAAUUAUGUCACCCGGAUGGCACAGAAGUACUAUGAAUAUGCGAACUACAAGUUGGAACAUGUCCAGGAGCAGCAAAGGGCACCACGUGGGGCCUACAACUCCUACAUUGUUGGCUUCCAGACUGUCUUUUAUGCCAUCUUCUACCUGAGCUUUGUCUGUGCCCAGUUUCCCAUGUUUUUCUUCAUAAAGGGGCACCUCUCUGAUUUGAACCACACUCUCUGCCGCGUACAGCACUGCGGGACCAAGAGCCAUGGGAUUCUCACAGGGUUCAACACCACAGUUCUGCAGAAGCUGCCACGCAGCAAUGAGCUCAUCACGGUGGAGAGUGUGCUCAUGGGAGUGGCCUUCCUCUCAAUGCUCCUGGUGUUGCUUCUGUGUGGCUCAGCCUAUCGCCCCACAGAGGAGAUAGAUUUGCGCAGCAUUGGCUGGGGCAACAUCUUCCAGCUGCCUUUCAAGCACAUGCGGGACUACCGCCUGCGCCACCUCAUUGUCUUCUUCAUCUACAGUGGAUUUGAGGUGGUCUUCUUCUGCACUGGCUUCACCCUGAACUAUGGUGUCUGCUCCAUCGGCCUGGAGCGCAUGGCGUACAUCCUCACAGCUUAUGGGCUCUCCUCUGCUGUCUGCUCCACCCUGGGUCUCUCUAUGCUGUGUCUGCCGCGCCAAGUUCCCCUGCUUGCCGGAGCAUCGGUCCAUGCCAUCCUCUUGAUCGGCCUCUUCUGUUGGGCACCUCAGGCCCGUAGCUUAGGCGAAGAAGCCCUGCUCUAUCUGGUAGCUGCACUCUGGGGUCUUGGCAGUGCCCUCAACAAGACAGGCCUCAGCUCACUCCUGGGGAUACUUUAUGAAGACAAGGAGCGUCAGGACUUUGUCUUCACCAUAUAUCACUGGUGGCAAGCCAUAGCCAUCUUCGUUGUUUAUCUCUGGUCUGGACUGCCCAUGAAGGCCAAGUUAUCCAUCGUGCUCGCUACUCUGGUAGCUGCAGUAAUAUCUUACCUGUGGAUGGAGCGUAAAAUAGCCCAGAUGAUCCCUCAUCGCCUCCCCAAAAUUCCCAAGCCCCGUCACAAGGUGCGAGGCUAUCGCUACAUGGACGAUGAUAACUCUGACGAGACUGGCUCUGAGAAGGAAGAGGAUAAGGAGAGCGACUCCUCUGAGGAUGAGACAGAAGGGGAGGAACCCAGUGGCCUCCGUGAUCGACCUCGCCGAAGGAACAGAUGCUCCUAUGAGCAGGCCUUGGGAGGGGAAGGGGGAGAGAAUGUGGGUUAGUGCCUGCCCUUUUCUCACCUGUCUGGGUUGGGACAUGACUCUCAGGUGCCUUUGGCAUCAGCCUCUCUCCAUCGCUUGAAUCCUCUUUCUGCCAUGUUUCAACUUUGUUGGGACCACAGGCUGUGUUUGAGCCAUUUCCUUACCUCGCUCCUGACACUUCAGCUACAGUUGGAAGAGAAUGAAGCUUCAAAGGCACACUUCCUGACAAAAGUUCUUCACGCCUCCCCUGCCUGAUAUGUGGCGGGAUUCGUAAACUCCAACUUCAGACUGUGGGUGGUACAAUAUAUCCAGGCAUCUCCCCAUGGAAAAGUUUAGGUGGAUUGUGAGAAAUAAGUACAAGGUACGAAAUGUCAACGCUUUAGAUGCGUAAGCCCCUGGAGGUUGGGAGAAGGGGGAUUACGUCGAACUUUUCUUAGUCUUUAGAAACAAAUGGCAGUAAAGUCUUGGUACAUUUUCAUAAGUUCUUUUACUGUGUAGGUUGGCUCCUGAAGGUGUUUCUGUGGCCUAUCACAGUUGGCCCUAUUGCUGGUGGGUAUUCUCUCUCUGAUAAUAUGCAAGUUUAUCCACUAAAGACCUUGCAACAAAAUUGAUCCUGCUCAUUUGACACCCAGUGCUCACAUGAUAAACCAAUAAAGAACUUUGUCUUCAACUGUUGAUAAAAUGUACUCAGCAUAAAAGUUGACUGGCAGCAGCUGUGUGUCAGCUGUCUUACUUAGCAGGAAAUUCCAACUGCACAGUUCCUGAGCACUGUGCAGUGAUUGCUCUUUGGUUGUAAGCCAGGGCCCAAUUUUGCCCAUGAGGUCUAUUUCCCCCAAACUACACUCACCUGCCUUACACCUGAUGUCAGCUGCAAGGCAGGUAAAGAUGCAACAUGAUUAGCUGUAUGACUUGGGUUCUCCAUGAGGAAUUUAUACAGUCACAGUCUGCAGAGGGCAGCUUUUCCAGCUCUGUGUGUAGUGCUUGGGAAGUGCUGAGUGCAGGACAUGGGAAGCACUUUGCACAUCACUGACUGGCUGCCAGGUGCUUGGGAAGUGAUCUGCAAGGAGGCUUUGACAGGUGUCAGUCAUCUGGAGAUUUCAGGUUGCCUUGUGGGUUUGACAACCCUAGUACGGAGAGAAUCUUGGUUAGCCUCAAGCUUAGACUUUGAAUCUGAACUGGGAGGCAGAGGGGAGCUUGGCAGGGACCAUGUUGGCAAAGCCGGAUAAAGGCAACACUGAGCUAGGUAGUCCAGUGGCCUGAAGGGAUGCAAGACAGUGUCCUGUCUUCUUGGUCCAAGGACCCAAGUUUAAUCCUCAGCAUAACACUGACAGCUGAAAGGAAAUCAGGCAAUACUGUAAAUAUUUGGGGCAGGGAAGAAGUAGGGGCACUAUGGAAAGAACAUCCUCCCCAAGGCAAUCUCUUGAGUUGGGGGGGUGUGCAGAGGUGAGGACACAAAUCUUCAUUGCUCAUCGUGCCUCAGACAGUGAGCCACUGUAAGCACCAGGAAUAUUCUUUAUUGUAAAGGAUCCCCCCCUUUCCCUGAUCCUAUUUUUAUAUGCUCCAGUUCCCUCAAAACCUGUUUUUAUCAUUUUUAAUAUGCCUUUAUACUACUGUUUUACUGGUUUUGUAUUUUUGUUUUAGUUGUUUAUAGUUUCUACAUUGUAUAAUUCAACACUGUAUUUUUUUUUAAUGGUGGAACUGUUUCUAAAUGAUUUUAAAUAAAAUACA